GCGUCUGGCGGGCUCCGGCUCGAGCGUCCCCGGGCGCGCUCCUGCUCCUCCGCCCGGACCGUGAGUCCUUUCUGUCUCCAGCAAGCGAGCAGCGACCCCGCCGCGGACAGGAGAGCGACCCCCGAGAACGAAAUGUGCUGCGAGAAGUGGAACCACGUGGCCGAAAUGCUGCUCUUCAUUGAAGACCGCGACGAGGAGUACAAGAUCCUGUGCCUCUGCUCCCGGGCAUUUGUGGAGGAUCGAAAAUUGUACAACUUGGGUUUAAAAGGCUACUAUGUCAAAAGCAGUGGCAAUAAUGGAGGAGACCAAGCUACAGAAGAGGAGGAAGAUGAUGGCACCGCAGAGUCACACAGCAAAGAUGCGAGCCCAGAUGAAAGUGAACUUGAUUCUGAGGCCAAACUCAUGAGAAGUAUGGGAUUGCCAAUUCAAUUUGGAAGAGUGUCUGCACAUGAGAGUUUUGAGGUGUCUAUGAAUACUAGAAAUAAAGCUAAAGGAAAGCAAAAGAGAAGAAAACACCAAAAGAAGUACUUAGAUGAAAUGGUACGAGAAUCUUGGAGAAAUGACUGUGAAGAAGAUGAUGUUGUAGUUUCAGAUGAUCCAUCAGUUGAACACUGCGAAAAUAACGGAACAUGUGAAUUUCCAAGCAAAACAGAUACUGAAACAGAAAACCUUCCUGUUGAAAAUCCAAAGCUAGAGGUCACAGAGAAUUGGGAAAAGUAUUGGAAUGAAUAUGGAGAAGGGCUGCUGUGGCAAAGCUGGCAGGAAAAACAUCCAGAUCAGACACUGUCUUCUGAGCCUUGGAACCUUCCUGAUACAAAGGAAGAAUGGGAGCAACAUUAUAGUCAGCUUUAUUGGUAUUAUCUGGAACAGUUUCGGUAUUGGGAAGCUCAGGGUUGGACUUUCGCUGCCUCACAGAACUGUGAUGUAGAUGCGUAUGCAUCUCAAACCGAGGUUGACAAAAAGGAGGGGAGCAGCAUGAAAGUAGAUGUACUGUCUCGUUCGUCUUCACCUAACACAGUUGAUGAUGAAAGCUCUGGUUCAAAUGAUAAAGAUCAGAAUGAAAUACUUACUGGAAUUAAUAACAUAAUUCUGAGUUCGGAGGAAGUAGAGCAGAGCCAGUUAGAGUCCUCUGUAUACUGUGACAAGCAGAUGAGUGAGAGUGGCAGUGGCAAAGAGUGUCCUGCCUCUGGAAGAAGUGACCCUGGUAAUGGAACACCCAAGGAAAGUAACGUAUCUGGGAACAGAAGCACAGACCAGCCAGCUCAAGAGUUGAAGGAGUCUUCAGGAACAAAUACAAGCAAAGGUCAAGCAUACCCUGACAGGGCUGAUGGAAAUGAGAGUGACGAUGAUCCACCUGAGCAUAAGCCCAGCAAAGUUAAGAGAAGCCAUGAAUUGGACAUCGAUGAAAACCCAAAUUCAGAAGUUGAUGAUAAUGGUUUACUUCUAGGAUUCAAGCAUGGCUCAGGACAAAAGUAUGGUGGAAUUCCAAAUUUCAGUCAUCGACGGGUCAGGUAUCUAGAGAAGAAUGUGAAAUACAAGUCACAGUACCUGGAUAUGCGCAAGCGAAUGACUGUGAAGAACAAGCACAUCCUGUUCACCGAAGAGUCGGGAAAACCCCUUCUCAAGAAGAGUAAAGUACGGAGUAAGGUGGAAAAAUUCCUAAAAUGGGUUAAUAAACCAGUAGAUGAGGAGACAUCACAGGAGUCAUUUUGUCACAACAAAAUGCAAGAUACUUGCACAAGCAGUGACUCUGAGGAGCAAGACAUGCCCUUGGAGAAAGCUGGUGACCUGAUGGAGACCAGAGAUCCGGAACCUGACACAUGCCAGACCAUCUCUUCAGCCAGUGAACUUGAAGCAGAAAAGAGGCAAGGAGGUUCCGGAACAACUGCUCCCAAGAAGCAAGGCUGUGUAACUGAAGAGACAGCUAACUCUCCCCAAGCAGAAACAGGAGUUGAAUUGAAGAAGAAAAAGAAGAAAAAAAACAAGAACAAAAAAAUAAAUGGUCUGCCACCUGAAAUAGCCUCUGUCCCAGAGCUGGCAAAGUACUGGGCCCAGAGGUACAGGCUCUUCUCUCGCUUUGAUGAUGGGAUCAAGUUGGACAAAGAGGGCUGGUUUUCAGUUACUCCUGAGAAGAUUGCUGAGCAUAUUGCUGGCCGUGUCAGUCAGUCCUUCAAAUGUGACAUUGUAGUAGAUGCUUUCUGUGGAGUUGGAGGAAAUACCAUUCAGUUUGCCUUAACAGGGAAAAGAGUGAUUGCCAUUGAUAUUGACCCAGUUAAGAUUGAUCUUGCUCGUAAUAAUGCUGAAGUUUAUGGGGUAGCAGAUAAGAUAGAGUUUAUCUGUGGAGAUUUCCUACUCUUGGCUCCCUGUGUGAAGGCUGAUGUUGUAUUCCUAAGCCCGCCUUGGGGGGGACCAGAUUAUGCUACUGCAGAGACCUUCGACAUUAGGACAAUGAUGUUUCCUGAUGGCUUUGAAAUUUUCAGGCUUUCCCAGAAGAUCACUAAUAAUAUUGUUUAUUUUCUUCCAAGAAAUGCUGAUGUUGAUCAGGUGGCAUCCUUGGCUGGGCCUGGAGGGCAAGUAGAAAUAGAACAGAACUUUCUUAACAACAAAUUAAAGACAAUCACUGCAUAUUUUGGUGACCUGAUCAGAAGACCAGCCUCUGAAGCAGAAGUGUGAGGACAGCAAGAUCAUGAAGAGUGAGAGUGGCAUUUGAACGCGAGACACUUGGGAAGGUCUUCUAGGCUCCUUGACAUUGUGUGCAUAUGUGAUAUGGAAACCUUUGUGAGUUUUAAUGAAUGCUAAUGACGUGGUUUGAGAUCUUCGGGUAAUAUUAACUGAACUGUGUUCUGUACUUUAAAACAGUAAGCAUCAAGGUCAGGUGGUGGCAGGUACCUAUUAUAAUCCCAGCACCUCAGAUGUUCAAGGCUAUCCUGUGCUACCUAAAUUCAAGGCCAGCCUGAGUUACAUGAGACCUUGCCUCAAAAAAUUAGUCUAGGCAUGACCCUGUGCUUAAAUUAAGUGCAUCUGUGUAUAUAUGUAUGUUCCUAUUUUUUAUGUUUUAGUUUAACAUCUUUGUGUGUGUGUAAAUAAUUGCUUUUUUUAUCUGCAAAGAAAAACAAGGCAGUUCUGCCUACACGUUUAACCCUUAGUGAAAUAAUGCUACUAAUUUAAUGCUAUAACAAGAAAAGUAAAACUCUCCCCACCACCUUACCUAAUUUUUAUUCAGCUGUCUAAAGAUAAUUUCCACUACCUUACCUAUUUUUUACUCAACUGUCUAAAGAUAAUCACAGUUAACAAUGUUUUGUAUUUUACUUUUUUAUUACAUUUGUAUUUUGUGUGCAUGCGUAGAGGUCAGAGGACAACUUGCAGAGAUCUGUUCUCUGCUUCUACUGUGUGGGUUCCUGGGAAUCAGGUUCUGGUCAUCAGGCUAAAUAUAUGGCAAGAGCCUUUACCUACUGAACCAUCCUGCUGGUCCCCAUGUUAAUUCUUCUGAAGAAAAGAUUGAAUUGCAGUAUACUAGUGUAUACAGAUACACUUUUCCUUUGAUACACUGUUCAUUCAGUGCCUUCCCUUUUUGGAUACUUAAUGUAUAUUUUAUUAAAUAGAUGCCUUUUUUAGAGUGUGAGAGAAGUGUGAAUGUGUGUGCACACUCACCCCCAUGCCCAUGUGUAUGCAGGUUCCCAGAGUCCAGGGAAGGGUAUUGGAUCUCUUGGAGCUGGAGUUACAGGUGGUUGUGUGCUGCCCAGUGUGGGUACUAAGAAAUUCACAUGACUUUUUUGAUCUUCGAUACUGAGGCAUCUCUCCAGCCCAAGAUGCUUUUAUUUAAUCAAUCAAUGUUUUUAUUUUUCUAUUUUGGUGUGGUUUGUUUUUACAGAUCCCUUGUGUGACCCAGACAAGCCUCAAACUUGUUGUAUAGCUGAGGAUGACUUUGAGCUCCUGACCCUCCUGCCUCCACACCUGGCUUAUCAGUUUAUCUUGAAGGCCAUUCCAUUUCAGUCCAUACAUGUCAAUCUACCUCGUGUUUUACAUGGCUGUCUUGUAUUCCACCGUCUGUGUAUAUAAACUACUUCCCUAGCGAGAGGCACUCACGCAGUUUUCAUGGUUUUACUAUUACCGACUAUUAUGUACAGUCUUUCUUUACAAUAUUUGCUUUUGAACAAGUAUUUCAGUUGGUAAGUUUCUAGCAGUUAGACCAUAGGUCUUGUGUACAAUUCAGUCUUGAUAAAUACAGCCAGAGUGCUUCAAUAAAGUUGAACUUGCUUUUAGGCUUAUUUAUCUCAAAUUUUGUUUUCAUAUCUUUGCUUUAACUAGAAUUUCUUUUUAAAGGCUUUUGUGUAUGAGUGCAUGCAUGAGGUCAAAUUUGUGAAUGUAUGCCACUUGUACAGGUUCCCCCAGGAGCCAAAAGAAGGUGUCAUAUCUCCUGGAAUACAAGUUAUAAGUGAUUGUGAGCCCCUAAAAUGGGUGGGCCCUUAACUUUCCAGCCCUCAUCUUUUUACAUAGUCAUUGUAAAAUCAGUAUGAAAUAAUUUAAUACAGAAGUUUAUAUUCUUGAAAUUUUGUUAAGACGUCCAAUUAAGAUUGCAGUCUACAGUGUGCAUCCAUGGGACUCACUGAAGCAGAAAUAUCAGGUUGAGGAAAAUAGACUGUAUCCAGAGACAGAAAUAGAGGAAGCUCUUCAGAAAUGCACAGCAGGAGUGUGGGGCAGCUAGAAAUUGUGGAAAAGCAUGAGAACAAUGAACCAAAAUUAAGAAAGCAUGGUUAGAUACAAUUGCAGCUGCAGAAUAGCUUAACAUUAAGAGGGGUUUCCUAGUUGACUGGAAAGAUGACUCAGUGAUUAAGAGUGAAUAUUAUUCCUGCAGAGACCUAAGUUCACUUUCUAGCACCCAAGUCAGGAGGCUCAACCACCUGUAACUCCACCUCCUGGAGAGCCGAUGCCACCUUCUUAUCUCUGUGGGCACAUGCACUUACAUGCAGAGAUACUUUAAAUAAUUUCAUUUAAAGUAAAUCUUUCACCAAAAGAAAGAAAAAUAAAAUAAGAUUUCCUAGCCCAGAGAGCUUUACUUAGAUGCCAUCUUGAGAGGAAACCUAUUGUGUAAAACUGAGCAAACUGGGGCCUGAGAACAUGGGACAAAUCCAGCUAGCAUAUCAGGAUCCAACCUCCCACCAUCUCAAGGUGAGAGACAACCCUGAGAGAGAUAUGUAAAGCAAGAAUGCCUGACAUCUAAAAGAGCAGGGAGAGGUAGCACCACCAGUGCCUGGAAGCAGACCUCAUCAAACAAUAAAUAAAUGAUAAGGAGCUUGGUAACCCUGGGUGGGCUGACUAGUUUUAUGUCAACUUGACAAAAGCCAGAGUCACUGGAGAGGAAGGAGCCUCGAUGGCCUUAAUAAGAUCGGGCUAUAGACAGGCCUAUAGGGUAUUAGUGGUUGUUGUGGGAGGGCCCAACCUAUUGUGGUUGGGGCUAUCCCUGACCAGGUGGUUCUGGGUUCUAUAACAAAGCAUGCUAAGCAAGCCAGUAAAUAGCAAUCCUCCAUAGCCUCUGCAUCAGCUCCUACAUCCAGGUUCCUGCCCUACUUGAGUUCCUGUUCUGACUUCCUUCAAUAAUGGGAAGUAUAUGGAAGUAUACGUCAAAUAAAGCCUUUUCUCCACAA